AUGAUGGAGACAAAUCAGAGUACUGUGUCUGAAUUCAUCCUCCUAGGGCUCCCCAUCCAGCCAGAGGACCAAGCUGUGUAUUCUGUCCUGUUCCUGGCCAUGUACAUGACAACUGUGCUAGGGAACUUGCUCAUUAUCCUGCUCAUCAGGUUGGACUCUCACCUCCACACCCCCAUGUACUUCUUCCUCAGCCACUUGGCCUUCACAGACAUCUCUUUUUCAUCAGUCACAGCUCCAAAGAUGCUCAUGAAUAUGCUGACACACAGUCAGUCUAUCUCAUAUGCUGGAUGUGUUUCACAAAUAUAUUUUUUCUUAUUGUUUGGGUGUAUUGACAACUUCCUUCUGACUUCCAUGGCCUAUGAUAGGUAUGUGGCCAUCUGCCACCCUCUGCAUUACACCACCGUUAUGAGUCAGAGUCUCUGUGUUCUGCUAGUGAUGAUAUCCUGGGUCUUUUCCUCUACUAAUGGCCUUGUGCACACUCUUCUCUUCGCUCGCCUCUCUCAUUUUAAAGACAACACUGUCCAUCAUUUUUUCUGUGAUCUCUCUGCCUUGCUCAAACUUUCCAUCUCAGACACAACCAUCAAUGAACUAGUCAUCCUCACAUUAGCAGUGGUGGUCAUUACUGUACCAUUCAUAUGCAUCCUGAUUUCUUAUGGUCACAUAGGGGCCACUAUCCUAAGAACUCCAACCAUCCAGGGUAUCUGCAAAGCCUUGUCCACAUGUGGCUCUCAUCUCUGUGUAGUUUUUUUAUAUUAUGGAGCCAUUAUUGGGUUAUAUUUCUUUCCCUCUUCCAACAAUACGAAUGCUAAAGAUGUAAUAGCAUCUGUGCUGUACACUGUGGUCACACCCAUGCUGAAUCCCUUUAUUUAUAGUCUGAGGAAUCGAGAUAUGAAAGGAGCACUGAAAAAUACACUCAGCAGGCGACUGUGUUCACACUGA